GAAUUGUAUUUUCAUUUAAAAUUUCGUUGUGUGUACGUGAAAACAGUUGAUCAAUACAGCGCGUUACGACGGACGCGGGUAUCCACAAGCUAUUUUGCGUGUUGUAUGAAUACUUUUUCUCUAUAUAGACCGAAACUAUUUCAUUAAAGCGUGCUUUGGUUAUUUUAUUUUUUUUGUUUUGAUUUCAUUUCAAACAGAAAAAAAGGCGAAAAAAUAAGAAAUACUCUUACGUAUGAGUUUAUGAAAGUAUCGGUAUUUGUUUUUGCAAAGUUCUAUAAGUGAAUAAUGGAAAAAAUUCGUAAAAUAAGAAGAAAUGUUAAAAGUAUGUGUUAAGGAAAAUUCUAACUAUCGAUUUGUGCAUACUAAAGAGUGCUAGUGAGUGUCAGUCAGCUUGUCUAAAAGUGAAAAACUAAAAGCCAUAAAACAAACAUUUUUCUGUUCUAAAAAAAGUCUUUUAAAAUUGUAGUUUCACUUGAAUUCUGAUAAAAAAUAAAGAAAUAAGCGCAGUCCAUGCUUGAAAUAUUAAAGAAAAAGAACUGAAAUAUUAUUAAACAAAAAGCAACAAAACGUCUGCAUUGAAGGCACGAGCAAAGCAACAUAAAACAGUAGCCCCUUAAGUGAUAUUCAAAAGUGUUUGGGAAAUUCGGUAUUUGAAAAACAAUUGGGUCAUUGUUCUUUAUGGAUUUGUUUUUAUUUUAUUUUUCUUUCUUUUAAAAUUUAACAAAACAAAAGAAAAACAAAAAUAAUAAUUUCAACAACGACGACGACUACUUCUUCUAUAUUAAACGAAAACAACUUUUGGCUGAAUAUAUUUUUGGUGUAUGAGUACGAAAAAUAAAAAUAAUAACAAAAACACACACGUAACUGAAAAAUAUAUAUUUAAUAUUAAAACCAAAACAUUACGUUUCCGCCGGAUAUACAAAUACUGUUUUUGGGGAAGAAGUAACAACACACACAUACGUUCCCAAGUAUUUACAACACACCAAGAGAUUUAAAUUUAAAAUUUCUUGUGUCGUCUUUUUUUCAAUACAACAAGUGCACAACACUGCCAAAAAUAAUAAAAAUAAACUACAAAUUAAAAAUUAAACAAAAAAAAAAAAAAAACUAAAAACUAUAUGAUUAUUAUGGUCUUGUAUGUGUGAAAUAAAAUUAAAAUUUAUUUCUCUUGUGUAAAAGUUCAACAUCAUCACUAUCAUCACAUUGUAAUCGCAAUCGAUCGUCUUCUAAAGGUUGUUGGCCAUUUAAGGAAGUGUUUUGAAGUACGAGUACAACAACGUAGCUAUUUGUUUACAUUGAACAUUCAAAUUUUACAAGUCCAAAAUCGAAGAAAAACUAUUUUGGAAGAAAAAAAUUUUGCUUGUUUUGGAAAUUUUACAUAUUUUACAACAUGUCUGUGGAUAAUCCCUACUAUUUUUACAAUGAUCCCAAAUCACCGCGAACCCCAGAUUCACAAAGUUCCAAUAAAGGUUUUUCCAUAUUCAAAAGACGUAAUUCCAAAGGUAGCAGUCCUCGUUUACCCAUGCCCGAACAAACACGUUUAAUAACAUCGGCCAAUUUGGAUACAGCAGCCUCUUUGACAUUAGGCAGCCCUAGAGCCAGUUUUGGUUUUACAUAUCAAUCUUUUGAACUGCAACCAUUGAUGUCGCAACAUCAACAGUCGGCGGCACAUUUACAAACACAAAUCACUGCUUCGUUACACCAAAGACGUCAACGUUCCUCCAAUUCACAUUCGGAAACAUUUCGCGAUCGUUUAGGUUCCUGUAAUGAAACAUCACAACACAGUUUCGAGCAUGAUGAUGUUUUCAACACAACAUCAUCGCCUAGCAAAACUCAUCAUAAUCAACAGCAUCAUACAUUACCCUCAACGGGCGUAAGACGUCAUUCUUUUGGCAAUUGGCGUCAGGCUAGUGAACGUCAUGGUUCUCAUAAGAAUAGUGCAGCUACUCUUACAGCCAAUGAUGAAGUGCCUCAAAUGAUGGCACCCAGACCACCAGUAUUAUCACCCAAUAAAUAUAGAGGUGCUCAUAGACGAAGAGACAACUGUGGCACCAUGAGCAACAGCAUGACCAGCUCUACAGGUUCUUACAACAUGGAUGAUAUUCUUAUAGUGACAGCCAAACACAGUGAAAGAGCAAUUCUAAGGGCAAAUUUUCUAAAAAAUCAUUUCGAUAAAAUAACCAAACAACGUGGACGCAAACCUUUCAACUUUUUGCACAUCAAAAUCGAAGACGGUCCCUUUAGUGAUGAGAUUGCUUAUAAAUAUCAAAACACUGCCUUGCAAAUUAUCAUUUUAUGUCCCGCUCUUUUGGCUUUAUCACACUCUCUACUGAUGUCUCAGCUAUUGAGUAUUGUGAGAGUUGAAAAGGUUUUGGGUAUUUUACUUGAUGUUACCGAGGAAAAGGUUAAAGAAAUUCAUAAAACUGCUCUUCCCAAUUACUUAAGAUGGCGCCGUUGUGUUAUACGCGAUAAUGAUCAAGCUCAGAUUAGUAAUAUUUUGGGUAUAGCAACAGAUAUAUUGGGUCGUGCCUUGUGUCAACGUCCCGUUUGUCAUGAUUCUGGUUCGGGUAUAUCACGUAGUUUCUCUUCAUGUUCGGAUGGUUUUACCAUUUUACCCAAGAAAGUUAAGAUUGGCCAGAAUAAAGUGGUGGCCAUGUUGAAUGAUCCCCUAGAAAAAGAUGAUGUUCUAAAGAUUGUUGUUGAAAAAUCGGGAGAAUUAAUAGAGAUUAGAAAUUUCAAGUGUCGCAAUCCCUAUACGGUGCAGUUUGCUAUACCAGAAUCCUGCAUGGAAAUUUCCACUAUGGUUGAAAUACGUUUGGAAAAGAAUCAGAAAUCCCUCGGAGCCCGACCCAUUAAAUGUGAAUCACGUUUACGCGAAUUGGAACAACUCUUACGAUCCGAAGAUUCUCCCAUCGAAUUUAUGUGUCAUGCUUUGGGUAUUGGACCUACCGAAAAGGAAGAUUUAGAUGUUCAUCUAUUGCAAUGUUUCCAAAAGAAUAUGCCACCCAAUUUCCAUCUACUCAAUGGACCCUAUGAACAGAAACAAAAUCAAUUCUUAAGCCUUAGAGAAUCCAGCCCCGAAGAAUAUCCCACCUUAUUGCAUUUCGCCGCCAGAUGGGGCCUUAAUCGUUUGUGCAUGCAAUUGAUGGAGUGUCCGGGUGGUGAUACUGCCUGUGGUAUUCGCAAUUGUGCUGGUAAGACACCCAGCGAAUUGGCCGAUAUGGAGGGUCAUCAUAAAUUGGCGCGCAACAUUAUGAGUUUUUCGGAAUUUCAUGAACUCACUACUAUGUAUCAUUAUUUCAAGGGCAUAAGUGGUGAAUCGAAAAUUAAUCAUAAUACCACAGUUAGUGGUAAAUCAGCUGCCAACAAGGUUGUCAUAGAAGCAGUCAAAUCUCACCCCACUUCACCCAAACAAAAACAACCCAAACCUCCUAAAUCUCCCAAAAAUCGUCAAAUGUUGGAAGGUCAAACACAGGCUGAAUAUAUGGAAAUGUCUAGUGGUUCGGAUCGUGAGAAUUCACCGGAAAAUAAAAACAAAGGCGAAACUUUGGCCGUUUCCAAUUUAAACUACAUAAGUGUCGAGACUGAAGAGGAGAAUUUGCAGGGUUCCUCGGCAGAUGUUUGCAAGAAUUUCGAUAGCAAUAAGGUCAUAACCACCGGCGAAAUAACCAGCAAUGAAUUGAGAAUUAGUGAACCACCCUACUAUGCCUCUAAGGAACAAAAUAAGGCCAGUAAAGAUGUCACCGAUGCACCCAUUUAUCAAACAGAUAAAUUCAGUCAAGAAUGCUCACAGGUAUUGGAGAAUUGCACCAGCACAGCAGCGAAUAAUGAUUAUGUUAUGCAGCCAUCCAAUGUACCGGUGCCGCCAGCACACUCUGAACUGCACAAGCAGCAAUCAGCACAACCUUUAUCACCCAUCAAUGCCGAUGAUGGCAACUAUUUGUUCCAACCCUCCAAUCGUCCUGUAGAAGAAGAACAUUUACAUCAAUCACGUCUGAGUCUAAAUCGCAUGGGCUCCUCCCAACGCUUGGCACAUCAGCCCACCUAUGGUACAUUGAAACGUUCAGCCUCAGAUGCUUCCAGCUCGGCGAGAUCCAAUGUUGAUGAUGAAUUGGCUGAGAUAAUGCAUGAUUUCAAAAAUAAUGUCUUAUCCAUACGAGAAGUAGAGGUUUUGGUAGAGAAAUGGAAACAUCGCAAUGAUGUACAACAAAGUUUCCGUGAGAAGCAAGAACAACUUGAUCAAAUGAGAAGAGAAUAUGAACGUAUACAGGAUCAGGUUAGAUCCCAUCUAAAGAGAGAUACACCUUUUGAUAAGUUCAAGAAAUUAUUCUCGCGACACAAGUCCACCUCAAAUUUACAUCAUGAAAAAUCAUGUGCGGAUAGUGUGCUAGAUGAAACCAAAUCAUCCAUUACCACAUCUUCAAGUUUCAAGUCAUCAGCUAGACCCAUCAGCUCAUUGAGUUUACAAUCAGUAUCUUCAUCAUCCUCCUCGGGACGUUUAAGCACGGGCAGUAAUUGUAGCGGCACUUCGUUGGGUGAUUCCGGCACUCAUUCAGAUCAUGAGGAAAGACGUUUCGGUUGUCGUUUAGGUUCUCCCGGUUCAUUGAUGGACAAUUAUUUAGUACCUCCACCACCCAGACCCAUCUUUACACCCAAUUCCACACCCGGCGAUGAACGACAUCAAAUCACUUUCCCCUCACCCAUGUCUUCGUGUACAAGACUCAAUACUCCCACUAGUCCCACCAGCUCGGAACACUAUCAAAUGUUCCCCUCUAACAUACCCGUAUAUAACAGUCAGAAUUUAUCCUCCUCCAAUAGUAAUAAUUAUUUGAACACCAUUAUGGAAGCUAAACAGGAACAAGAGCACAAUUAUCAAAAUGGUGUUACUUUGCAGACAAUUAAAUUGAAUGAAAGAUCCAAUAUCAUCUAUGGAAAGCUAACAAAAGCUACACCAAAUUGUUCAUCUUUUAAGCCCAAACAGACAUCCUUGGUUCAAGCACAAGCAGCUAGUGUGGAGACCCAAGCGGAAGUUUAUCAAAAUGUGGGCAAUAAUUUAGAGGCAACAGCUGUUAAAUUGGAAGAAGAGAAAAGAGAAGAACAGGAGUCGGCAGUAGGAGGUGAUGAUCAUAAUUAUAUGAAUUGUUAGAGAGGCAGAGAGAGAGGGAGCUAAUAUAAGUAUGUUUAUGUAUGUGGUAAAGAUCCACAUCAAGUGAGAGCCUAAUAGAGUAAGAGGCAGUUGUUAUAUAACAACUCUCUCACUCUCUCUCUUUUAUAAGAGUAUAAUUUUAUUUAAAAAAAUUAAUAAUUGUAAAGAAGUUGUUAAACUUAAAAUUACCUCUAAAAGAGUUUCUUUUUUUAAGUUUUACAAAAUCAGCAUA